UUGUGUUUUCUUUGACAAGUGAAACAAAAGUCACAGUAUAUAUUUAUUUAUAUAUAUUAUAGGUAUUCGGUGACGGUCGACAUGUGCGCCGCGCCAUCGGAGAGUUUUUCGCGCGCCAAUUUUACAUCCUCACUCUCUUUGACACUUGCAAGAAGUGUCAGGUGUCCGCGAUAAACGGAUGACUUGAAAGUGAUGAUCAGAAAUGAAGUUCAAAUGCAGAAUGGUGGACGCGGGUGCCAUGCGGGAUUUUACGAGUAUCGUUAAUACUAUAUCCCGAAUGGCGAAGUACUGCGUGCUGCGAUUGACGCCGGACGAAUUGUGCUUCAACGUCGGCGACGAGCGUAUACCCGUGCUCUGGGCGGUGCUAUCGCAGCAGCACUUCUUCGCGGAGUACGUUAUGUGCGGCGUGUCCGAGCAGGAGAACGAGAUCUACCUGGAGUUCGACGCCUCGAUGUUCGCCAGAACCUUUAACAGCCUGAAAAUAACGGCAAGGAGCGCGAAAAUUAAAUUGACGAACAAGCGGCAGCCCUGUCUGACGUUCGAGAUCGACCUGACCUCCCUGUCCGUCGACUCGCGACAGUGCGUGCACGACGUGCCCGUGAAGCUCAUACCUCGCAGAGAGUGGCCGGAGCAUAAAAUGCCGGACAUUCCCGAGUUCGAUGUAACGCUGGAAAUACCGCAGCUGAAGUAUAUACGGCACAUCGUGGAGAGAAUGAAGAAUAUGAGCUCUCAGCUGACGAUAAUCGCUAAUAAAUGUGGUGCACUGGUGCUAAAGGUCGAGGUGGACUACGCUACCGUGUCCACUCACUUCAAAGAACUGCAAGUUUGGGAAGCUGGAGAGGAGGACACUGGCGAUAUUUCGGCGACUGUUGCCAUAAAGAAACUCGCCAUGUUCCUGGGUUGGGACAUUCUCCACCCGGAUAGCGUCAAGUGUAACUUACUGCAGGAGAAGAUGGUGAAACUAACUCUAGAUGUGGGAGAUCACGUUAAGAUGCAUUAUUUUAUACCGGCCAUUGCCUCUUGAGAAAAAGAACUUGCAGUAUUACUUAAAUGCAAAAUAUAUUUUUUCACAAUUUCCA